CUCACACUCUCUCACCCAUUAUUUCUAGCUAUACACAAGAAAACCACAAGCCCACGCGCCGCCAACAAUGGCCGAAACAGCUCUCAAUUUCGACACGUCCAACAUUUCCGGCAAGAAACAAUCGGGCUCCUCCGACGACCAGUGGGAUCAAUUCGCCGCCAAGAAGCACCUGGCGGCGGCGGCGGCGAACAAGACCGACGACCCGGCGGUGGCGCUGGCCAAUGCCCGCCACGUGUUCGGCGAGCACGGCGGAGUGAACAUGUCCAUCGAGGCCUCCGCCACCUUCACCGUCAUGGAGUCCGAAACCAUGCGGCGGAUGUUCGCCGGAGAGCUCGGCCCCGACCGGGAUUUCUUCAUCUACAGCCGCCACUUCAACCCCACCGUCCUCAACCUCAGCCGCCUCAUGGCCGCCAUGGAGGGCACCGAGGCCGCCUACUGCACCGCCUCCGGCAUGUCCGCCAUCUCCUCCGUACUCCUCCAGCUAUGCAGCUCCGGCGGGCACGUGGUGGCCUCCCACAUCCUCUACGGAGGGACCCACGCGCUCCUCACGCACUUCUUCCCACGCGCCUGCAACAUAACGACGUCGUUUGUUGACAUCGGAGAUCUCGAGAUGGUGGAGCGGGAAAUCGUGCAGGGGAGGACCAAAGUUCUGUACUUCGAGGCGAUAUCCAACCCGGUCCUGACCGUUGCUAACGUGCCGGAGCUGUGCAGGAUAGCGCACGAUAAGGGUGUGACGGUGGUGGUUGACAAUACCUUUGCUCCGAUGGUGGUGUCGCCGGCGAGGCUCGGCGCCGACGUGGUUGUUCACAGUAUUUCAAAGUACAUCAGCGGUGGGGCCGAUAUCAUCGCAGGUGCAGUAUGUGGGCCAGCCAGGCUAGUGAACUCCAUGAUGGACCUCCACCAAGGGUCCCUCAUGCUAUUGGGCCCCACCAUGAACCCGAAAGUUGCCUUCGAGCUCUCGGGGCGGUUACCGCAUUUGGGCCUACGAAUGAAGGAGCAUUGCCACCGGGCCUUAGUCUACGCGACGCGGAUGAAGAAGUUGGGCCUGAAAGUGAUCUACCCGGGCCUAGACACUAGGCCAAAACUGCACUCUGGCGACGAUUUUAUUUGCGACGAUUCAAGUUUCGUCGCAGUAUUGCGACGUUAUUGUACCAAAAACGUCGCAAUGAGUUUAAGAUCCAAUUUAACUUCAUACAUAUGCGACGAUUCUCAGUAA